UUCCUCUCAAAAUUUUAUCGCAACGCUUUCACCUUCCACUUUCUGGGCCCAUGCCCUACUUCCCUCAGUUCGCAGCGCGACUUGAACCACACGAAAAUGUCUCCAAAGAUCGAACGUUUGACCGAGAGUUUUCUGCUUGGUGAAGGUCCCCACUGGGACGUUGCAACACAAAGUCUUUACUUCCUCGACUGCAUCAGACAAAACCUUGUCAAAUACAAUCCUGCGACGAACAAGGUCACCACAGCAUCGGCCGCACCAAAACAGCCCACAUUUAUCAUACCGGUGCAAGGCAAAAGUGGGCAAUUUAUCAUAAGUCUGGAUAAGGAACUGGCGAUUAUUAAUUGGGACGGGCAGAGUGAUAAAUUUAGCAUUGUUCGAAAGUUAUGUGUUGCGGAUGGGGGGCCUGGAACAGCCCAGAAUAAAUUCAAUGAUGGGAAGUGCGAUUCUUCGGGGCGACUGUGGGCUGGGACGCUUAAUAUUGACAAGGAAGAUGAAGACAAGACACUCCCACUUGGCACUUUGUACAGUUUUGACUCGAAACGUGGCCUGAAAGGGCACGUGAACCAAGUGAGACUCACAAACGGUAUUGCAUUCAACGACCAGACGAAAAAAAUGUUUUACAUCGAUACACUGAAAGGCACAGUUGACCAAUUCGACUUUGACGUAACCAACGGUGAAAUUUCCAACAGAAAAGUCUGGUUCACUCUCACGAAAAACAACAUUUCUGGAAAACCCGAUGGUAUGACUAUUGACACCGAUGGUAAUUUAUGGGUGGCUGUUUUUAUGGGAAGUCGAGUCAUUAAAAUCGAUGGGCACACAGCUGAGACUUUGCUGGACACUGUGGAAAUACCAGCGCAACAGGUGACUUCUGUGGCUUUUGGGGGCCAGAAUUUGGACGAGUUGUAUGUCACUACUGCGUCUUUUGAAUACAAGGGCCGGACUCCGCCACCACCGGUCAAUGGGGCCCUGUACAGGAUUACAGGGACGGGCUCUAAAGGCCUACCAGCCAAUAAUUUCAAACUGGAUUAAUUUCUUGUAUUGAAGAAUAAAUAAAAUUGAAAAAAAAAAUAAAAAA